UCAAAGCGUUCCUUUUCACACUUUCACACUUUGUCCUCGGCGUCCUCGAUUUAAUUAUUCCAAAAUCCCAACAUCCAGAAAAAUAAAGUAGAACAAGGAACAGAUCGCUUGCAUAGUUACUCCGUGACUGGGUUCCUUUUCCGACCAAUUUCCCCGUCAAACCCAACAAGUUGCGGGGGCAAAGAAAAUUGCGGGGGGGGAUUCAUCAGAGCUCUAGACGGUUGGCGGCUGACACCUAAUUCUGGACAGAAAAAUCAGUGCUUUCACAUUAGAUCUGAGUUCUCCCUUUUGGGUUUCUCCGUCACGGGGCCUCGUUGAGUUGUUCUCGCAGUUCCUUGAACCUGAACAGGACGGUUGGUUCAUCAAGUUGUUCAGAGCAAAUGAUUCUUUAGUGUUUUCUUCAUCUCUUUAAUUGCUGAUCUCUUCAGCCGAGAUUGUGUGUGAAGCUCCUAGGGCCUUGAUUAUUCCAUGGGGAACUGCUUGAGCAACAGAAUCAAGGCCGACCCAUUUGUUACAGGUGCUUCUAUAUAUGUAUGAGCAAAGAAUGCAAUAAAAGAUGGAAAAGAGCUAAGUAAUUUGAGUACCAAGUCAGCUACAGGACCCCCUACACCUCGGAGCGAUGGUGAGAUCUUGGAAUCCUCCAACUUGAAGAACUUCACGUUCAACGAGCUCAAAAUGGCCACUAGGAACUUCCGUCCAGACAGUGUACUGGGAGAAGGUGGAUUCGGCUCGGUUUUCAAAGGGUGGAUUGAUGAGCAUUCAUUCACGGCUGCAAAGCCCGGGACUGGAUUGGUGAUUGCAGUGAAGAAGCUUAAUCAAGAUGGUUUACAGGGUCAUAAGGAAUGGUUGGCAGAAAUCAAUUAUCUUGGGCAGCUUCAUCAUCCUAAUCUUGUGAAAUUGAUUGGUUAUUGUUUAGAGGAUGACCAUAGGCUUUUGAUUUAUGAGUUCAUGCCUAAAGGCAGCAUGGAGAACCACUUAUUCAGGCGAGGGUCUUAUUUCCAACCUCUUUCUUGGAGCAUUCGUAUGAAUGUCGCUCUAGGUGCGGCAAAGGGACUUGCCUUUCUUCACAAUGCUCAGCCAAAAGUUAUAUAUCGCGACUUCAAGACAUCUAAUAUCCUGCUUGACUCAAGCUACAAUGCUAAGCUUUCUGACUUUGGGUUGGCUAGGGAUGGGCCAACUGGUGAUAAGAGCCAUGUGUCCACUAGGGUCAUGGGAACCUAUGGAUAUGCUGCACCAGAUUAUCUACAAACAGGUCAUUUAACCACCAAGAGUGAUGUAUACAGCUUUGGGGUUGUUCUUCUAGAGAUGUUGAGUGGGAAACGGGCAAUAGACAAGAACCGGCCAUCUGGGGAGCAUAACUUGGUUGAGUGGGCUAAACCUUACCUGAAGAACAAACGUAAAAUUUUUCGUGUUUUGGAUGUUCGUCUGGAAGGGCAGUAUUCACUUGGUCAGGCCCUCAAGGCUGGCAACCUUGCACUUCAAUGCCUCAGUCCAGAAGCUAAGCUAAGGCCGAGCAUGGAUGAGGUUGUAAAAGCUUUAGAGCAGCUCCAGGACUCGAAGGACAUGGCGAGACUUGCACAAAAGGACCGCCAGUCUAAUCAUCGUGUGCAUUCUUCCUGCAGAACCGGCCGAGAAGCCAACAGAACAACUGCAGAUCCCAAACCUUAAAAGACUCUCUCUCUCUCUCUCUCUCUCUCUCUCUCUCUUUCUCUCUGUGGUUAUGUUUCCCGUGUGGAAUUUACAGCAACUGCAGUAAUUCAGGCUUGUAAUGUAUCUAUGGUUGAUUGCGGCAUUGUACAGUUACUUCUUUUCUCCCUGCUGCUGUUUUCAAAAAGGUACCUUCGACUUGUGUUCUUUUUACUGAAUUUGGAAAGACACAGCCAGCCAUCAUGGAUGGAUGUUGACUUUCUUUUGAUGCUUUCA